AGUGGAAGAAAUUCUUCACCAAAUUCUACAAAAAAAAAAAAAACCUUCAUCCCUGCAUCACGAGAAGAAAGAUUCUUGAAAUCUUCAUCCCCACGGCGACAAUCCUCGCAAAACUCCAUGGGUUUAAGAGGAAAUUACCAUCCCUAUAAAAGUGCACUGGUUUUUCAAUCAUGGAGCUGGUGCCUUCAUUUGCGCAAGAGCCUAACACAGAUGGUUUUGCCCCAAUUCACCUGGCGACAGCUGCAGGGCACUUACAAGUAGUGAGGGAGCUUUUAAACAAGGGGGAUUUUGACCUGUGUUUGUUGAAGGACAAAGCAGGGAGAACGCCACUCCAGCAUGCAGCCAUGAAAGGGAGGAUCCAUACCAUAGAUGAGUUGCUAUCAAAGUGUCCUCAUCAAAAAGCCAUGGAGCAAGUGACUCCCAACGGUGAAACUGUUCUACACUUGGCAGUGAAGAACAGUCAAUUUGAAGCAUUCAAAGUACUGUUUGAAAUAUCAAAAAAGCUAGAGGAUUAUGAGGGGCGAGUAAAUGCAAAAGAUAAGGAAGGUAAAACCGUCUUUGAGAUUGCAAAUGCAAAUGCAUCAAAUCAUGUUCAGGAUGAAAACUUUGCUACCCGUUGUCGCCACAAUGAUAGCAGCGGUAACGUUCCAAGCCGGGUUGAAUCCUCCCUCAUCUAUCUGGGAAAAAGGAGUCCAUCUUGAUAACAAAUGCAUUAUACCUAC